AGCUGUCCCCGUCGGAAUCCAGCUGGCUGUGGCUUGAGGACCACCUCGCAAUGGCCAUGGAGUACUCGGACAAGCUCACGCCUCGCAGUGCGGCUCAGACUCUUCAAGACUACCAGGACAACCAUCAGAUCGAGCUGUUCAUGCAGGAAAUGCUGAGUGUCGUAUGCACGCUCCUCCCAGAAGACCCCUAUGAGUACAUGAUGAAUCAUGUUGUGUCAAAUCGCCCGGCACCACCACCAGCAGAGAGCCAGCUGUGUGGCAGUGGUGCACUAUGGGUCCUUCUGCGAGAUGGAGAUCCACAGAGUGCUGAACAUUGGCGUUUGCGACGCUGCUGGCUGACAGGAAAAGGAAGCUUCUGCAUCAGCACGGAGCCAGCAAGUGUCACGAGAGAAGGUGAUAAAGUCAAGAUGAAGGCGCCCAGAAACACAGCCUCGGCCACUCAUCCCAUCGAAGUGGGUGGCUCCUUUCGUGAACUGGAUGACUCAGAAGCUGCCCGACCCUUCGCGUUUACGUUGGUCACUGGUGGGAAGGAGUUGUUUUUGGCUGCUGGCUCUGAGGAACAGAGGGACGAAUGGUUCAACCUCUUGGGGCACUUUGCAGAUGCAGACCGCAGGAAAGGGCCACUCCCCAAGAGCAGCAUUGUCUCCCCGCGCAGUGGUGGAACGCAGGUGGUGGAUGCCAUUGGUCUAACUGACAUCCCCAUGCGGCCCACCGUGAAAGAUCCGGUGAAAGUUCAGCCCAGCCAGGGCACCCGUGACCCGGCAAAGACCUUGAAGCCGAUCUUGAAGACCAGGCCAUCACAGAUGGAGUCAGGAAAGGUCCCUGCGAUUCGAAUUCCGAGACGUUUGCCCAAUGAUCCCAUGGAGGCCUGUGGAGAUAGCACCCGCAGAAGCUCCAUCCGUUUCAAUGACGAUGUCGAGAGACGUGAGUUCCAGGUUUCUCGGGCAGAUCCGGUUCCUGCCAACAUGCGAGCGCAUGAGAGUCGGAAGAAACCUUCUCUUGGGACUGUGAAAGCCAGGACAGGGGAUGGUCAGGAAGUGGUGGUGAGACCAAAACCCAAAGCGCCUCCAAGUCCAAAGGGAGACGAAGCGCAGACGGUUCUCGCGUCACCUCACAGUGAGAUACUGGAAGGUGAAAUCGGCAAGAACAUCGUGAAGGAUAUGCUGAGAGAAGUUGCCAGCCCAAAACCAGACCGGGAAAGCGAAAUCGCUGAUGAUCCCCUGUCGCCUGCAGGCGUUGCGGCUGCAAGUCUCGUGGAUGAUCUGAUUGCAGAGACUCAAGGCCGAGAAAGCAUUGUUCCCAGCGCACGGUCUUCUGCCAGCCCUGGUGAAGCCAUUGGCGAAAUCGCAGCAGGUAUGAUUGAUUCCAUGAUGUUGGACCCCAUCAUUUCCAUCAUGGACGAACCUAUGGAUCCUGCCAUGCUGCUCUUCGGUGAAACUCCAGCCGACACACCAGCUCAUGCAGAUACUCUUCGCCUGCCGCCGGGCAACGAGUUUGUUGAGGGUUCCGGGAAGGAAUGGCUGGCGGAGGAAAUGAGAAAGAUCGAAGAGUUACGUCAUCAAGCCCAACAAGAGUUGGAUGCUGCAGAACGCAACCACCGAAGUGCUGAAGAGAAAGCCAAACAAGCGGGGGAACGCUGGAGAAACGACGAACUUCAGAAGUUGGAGCAACUGCGACUGCAGGCGCAGAGGGAACUGUCGGAGGCAGAACAGGCACAGCGUCGCACCCGCGAAGAGAUCGAGAAGGCCGGUGAAGCCUGGCGUGCGGAACGGCUCAAGGACAUUGAAGAAUUGCGGCGCUUGGCACAAAAGCAACUGGAUGAGGCGAAGGAGGUAGGUGAGUUGACUGCAGCUGAAGUGAAGAGGGCCGAAGAGCGGAGGGAACAAGUGCGAAAGGAAUUGGAAGAAAAACGUAAAGCCUUGGACGAAGAAGUUCUGGAAGAGAUCCGAAGACAGGCGCGGAGCGAGAUGCAGGAUUCCGAGGCAGCGCGCAUCGCGCAUGAACUGCAGGAGAGAGCGCAAAAGGAGAUGCGCGAUGCUGAGGAAGCGCAAAGAAAAGUCAUUGAAGCUGCACAAAAAGCAGGGGAUGAGUGGAAGGCAGAAGAGAUGCGCAAAAUUUCCGAGCUUCGAAAAGCGGCUGAGAAGGAGUUGGCCGAAGCCGAAGAAGCUCAGAAGAAGGCAGCGGAAGCUGCGCGACGAGCCGGAGAGGAGUGGAAGACCGAAGAGCUGCAAAAAGUUGAGGAUCUCCGUAAGCAGGCGGAGAAAGAGCUGGCAGAGGCUGAGGAAGCUCAGCAGAAAGCCGCCGAAGCUGCAGCGCGUGCGGGUGAAGAGUGGCGAUCCCCAGACCUCCAGCGGUUAGAAGAGCAGCUCCAACAAGCUCAGAAGGACCUUGAAGUUGCGAAGCAAGUGGUUGAAGCUGCUCGGGGCAGCACUACAGCGCCCGAGUCGGAAGAACUGGAUGCGAUCCGCGCCAUCAGGCAGAAGGCAGAAAGGGAGUUAGAACUGGCGCAGGAUGCCCAUCGGAAAGCUCGAAGGUGUAAAAGACAGGCCCAGCAAGAGCUGGAGUCUGCCCGACUCCAUGUGGCAAGGGAAAAGGUGGCGGAAGAAAACCGGAAAGCUGAAGAGCUUCGAAUUCAAGCUGAGAAGAUCAAAAAAGAGGCAGAAGAAGCUCAUCGACAGGCUGAGGCAAUGCGUCAACAGGCCAGGCAAGACCUGGAAGCUGCCAGACGAGAAGUGCCUGACGUACCUCAACUACCCUUGGAGCAAAAUCGAAGCACAAUCAUUGCAACCCAAGGCGAAGAGUUGACAUCCAGAAGCAUGGGACGACUUUCGGCAACCCAAAGCGAGAUUUAUCGUGAUGUUUUCAAUGAUGCUGCUGUGAGUCUGGUGGCGGACAUCUUCUCAGAAUCUAUCACAGCAGCAGAGGAAGCAAAGAAGAAGGCAGCUGCCGAGAAAUCUCGCCAACCUGUGCGGACUGACAAGGGAGAUGAUGACUGGACAGUUAUAAGUGUUCAAGCCACAAAUUUCUCCGAUGCCGUCGCAGAGAAUCUUUCCAAUGAUGUGCUGCGUCGUAUCAUUGGUUCCAGUGUGGCAACGGAGGAUGAUGAGGAUGCGACCGUGCGCAGACGGGCCAGAAUGCAGGCAGAUCUGAUCCAGGAAGAAGCCCGAAGGGCGGCGGCCAAAGAGGAUCAGGAUGCCUCCACAGCAAUGGUGGAAGCUGACGAGUGGAUUCGGGUUGCUGAGGAAAACAUGAGAAAUGCAUUGGAACUGGCGCAGAGAGCCCUACUUGUAGCCCAAGGAAAAGAGGUACCCAGCGAGCCAAGAGCAUCAGAGACAGGGAGUAAGGCCAUGGAGAGUCACGUGGCAGUUCAACGCGUCACCAACGACUUGCUGGGACAAAUACUGGGUGCACAUGUGACCGGAUCUGAAGCUUCUGACGCCAUUGACAUGUCAGAGGUGGGUGCUCCCAUGGAGGAUUUGAUGCUGCUGGUCUUUGACACCUUGGAUUACAACAGCCUGAACCAUCCCAUUUUUAUCGACCAGCUACUGUCCACCUUGCGCAGCCUGGGGCUGGCUGAGAAGCACGCCUCAUCUCUGCAGAUCAAGUUGAGCCCUGGCAGCGUGAUGGCUGAGAUCUUUGGUCCUCCAGCUGUCAGGAAGCAUUUGGAGGCAGUUCCGCUGCAGUAUGUGGAGGUCAUGGGCUGCUAUGCCCGGAAGUUGCCGCGAGCCCCGCCAAGACCGAAGCAGAGUAGACCAGUGAGCAGCUUGUCAGAUGCCACCGUGCUCUCGGCAGAUUCCAGCCGACAUAUGGAAACUCAAGCCAAUCAGCUGCUGAAUAUGUGGCUUGAGACGCCCAAGUCGGAUGCUUUAACGACCAGGUCUGACAUGGAUACCAUUGCAAACCAAAUGGUGAGCCAUUUUGUCGCGACUGGCCCUCAAGAAUCUGCUCGGCAGGCCAUUUUGGCAGCCAAAGCAAAGGCCAAACAGCACGAGGAACCAGAGGUUGUUGAGGACUUCCAUGAGGAACAAGUUCCAGCUGCCCAACAGGUGGCAGCUAGCACCACAGAGGCCCUGAUCCGUGCUGCCCCUUUGCAGGCAGUGAAGCAAGAUCUCGAGCCCGCAGUUGAGCCAGAGACACCCAGAUCGGUGGCUCAAACUGAUACUCAUCAGUCAAAUGUUCCCUAUGUGAUUCAUGCCACUGACCUAGCCACCCAUGCUGUGACGCGUGCCAUGAUCAGUGAAUGCCCCACUUCGGUGGUGGUGUCAGAAGCUGGCUCGCCACAUCCUGAGCAUCAGCAGUUGGAGGGCUUCAUCCAAGACACCAUUGGCAGGUCCACUGAGGCAGCAGCUGCAGAAACGGAGAUCAUCCCAGAGGAAGGCGUUGUGCAGCCCUUUGUGUCAGAGUUGGCGCAAGACAUGACACAGGAGGCAGUUGACAAUUUGGACACCCAACCAACACAACCCACCCAACCGACCCAACCAACGCAACCCACGCCACCUGAGAUUGAAGAGGCAGCUGCUGUGGGGGCUGGAGAAGAAGAAGCAGCAGCUGCUGCUGCGAAGGCGAAAGCUGCUGCAGAUGUGAUGGAACCACAAGUGACAGAGGUGGCAACAGCAGAGGGCGGAAAGGCAGAACCUGCAAAAGAUGUACAGGAGCAUGAAGAGGAACCCCAGGAACCUGGCACCCCUGUGUCAGUGGGUGCCACAAGCUACUCACUCCUGUGCGACUCCUAUGCUGCAGACGCUGCAAAUAGAACUUUGGAGAACGUCUUAGCUGCAGACAUGGCUCAAGAAGAGCAUGAGCAACAAGCGCAAGAAGCAGAAGAUGUAGCCAAGCCAAAACAACAAGAGGAAGAGAGUCAGCCACAGGACCAUGCAGGCCCUCCAGCCCCUGCGCUUCCAGUAGAUGACACAGCAGAUCAUGUUCAACAACAUGAAGCGGAGGAAGAAACACCUGUGUCAGUGGGUGUUGCCAGCCAAUCGUUGGCGUGCAUUUCUUAUGCAGCUGACAUUGCCACCAAGGCGGUGGACUAUGCAAUGGCCAGUGAGGAGGCAGCAUCUGAUGUCAUGAGGCCUAUCUCUGCAGCGAUCACUGAGCCCGAGCCUGCAGAGCCCACAGAGCCUGCAGAGCACGCAGAGCAUGCGGAUGUGGCUCUGGAAGUUACUGAGGAGGUCUUCACCAAUGUGCACGAACCCAGGGAGGUGGAUCUUGCUUCACCUUCUGCCCCCGAGCGGCCUGAGCAUCCCAGUGAGCCAGUGCAGCCGAGAGUUUUAGCUGAUGAUCGACGACCCAGCACUCCUGUGUCAGUUGGGGCUGCCAGCAACUCCCUCAUGUGCGAUUCCUAUGCAGCUGACAUUGCUCACAGAACCAUGGAUUAUGCCUUAGCCCAAGAUGUCGGCCAGCAAGGACAGGCUCAAUCAGAGCAAUUUGCUAGUGCAGCGGUAGCAACUCAAGAAGCUGUCAUCAAACCGGCCGAGAAGCAAGCAGAUGUUCCAGCCGUUCAACCAGCAGAGAAGCCAGCAGA